AUGGAGGGUAAAAAUGCAUGGGCUAAAGAUUGUGGACCUCCUCCACAUGGUAUUUCAUCAGGGUUUAAUGAAAAUAAUCUUGAUACCACAUAUCCCCACUUUGUCUCCUACAGUUGUAUGUUGGGAUAUGAACGAGCAAGUGGUCAAACUUCUAUCCAGUGUCAGGAAUCAGGACAGUGGGAAAGUGAUAUACUAAUCUGUAAACCGAAACCUUGUGGAAAUACACCACUAGAUGUAAUUUUUGUUGUGGACCAAUCAUCAUCAGCUGAUCCUGACAAUUUCUCCAAAAUGAAAAACGGAAUAGCAGAUUUCAUAUCAUCAAGUUUCGUAGUUAGCCCGAUGGAAGUUAAUGUUGGUGUUGUGGCUUUUUCUUCAGAUCAAGCGGAUAUAAUUUUGCGUUCAAGUGACCCCAAUCAAUUGCUAACAGAUAUCCGUGCUCUGAUGCAACGAGGUGGCUCUGCUAAUUUCGCACUUGGUAUUUCUAAAGCUGUCGAUGAUUUUUCGAGAGGAUCCCGAAGUGGAACCCCGAAGGUUAUGAUACUCCUAUCUGGUGGAAAAUCGAUUGGAAGUUCUCAGAUUGCUGCGAAUGCUGCAAAAGCAAAGGGGAUUAAUAUCUUUACAAUAGGAAUUGGGCCUGGUGUCGAUAAGGCUGAGCUGAGAGAAAUUGCUUCCGACCAUUCUAAAGCUAGAUUUGUUGACACGUUUGAUGAAAUUCGGGAUGUUCUUGUUGUAAAAGAUCUUUGUCAAUGA